ACUCAGACCCGGAUUUUUCUGUAAAGCUGCUUUGCGACAGCACCUGUUAUAAAAAGCGCUGUGUAAAUAAACUUUGACUCGACUCGAGUUUCUCUUUAACUCGAGUUCCGCUCAUUUGCGGGCCUCUUGGUUCCCACUGACUGGUUUCCGAGGGGAAGGUGUGUCUUGCGCGCAGGCUAAUGAUGGUCAGCUGAUCUUUGCGGAAGAACAGCUUCAGCCAGCUAACAGCGCGUUGCUGGUUUGGAUCCGAAACAGAACCGAGCGACUAUCUUAGAUAAACGUCUGUUUUGCAGCCACUUCUCACCGAGUCGAGGCGCCCAUUUUAUCGCUCGACUUCGCUGCCGGUGCUGGAAGCGGACCAUGCCGCCGCAGAGCCGAAGGGGCGCCGCCGGUUUGACGGUGGUUUGUCUCUGUUUGAUGUUGUCCGCACAGAAAGCAGAAGCCAAGAAAUCCGAGGAUAUCCGGUGUAAAUGCAUCUGCCCACCUUAUAAAGACAUCGAGGGGCAGAUCUACAAUCAGAACGUUUCACUGAAGGAUUGCAACUGCCUCCAUGUUGUGGAGCCGAUGCCAGUUGAGGGGAAAGACGUGGAGGCUUACUGUCUGCGCUGUGAGUGCAAGUAUGAGGAGAGAAGUUCUGGAACUAUUAAAGCAACUAUCAUUAUUUACCUGUCUGUGCUGGGGCUGCUCCUGCUGUACAUGGUUUAUUUGACUUUGCUCGAGCCCAUGCUGAAGAGGCGCUUGUUCGGCCACUCGCAGCUCAUCCAGAGUGAAGACGAUGUCGGGGACCAGCAGCCGUUCGCUAACGCCCAUGAUGUGCUGUCUCACUCACGCUCUCGUCCCAAUAUGCUGAAUAAAGUGGAGCAUGCUCAGCAGCGCUGGAGGAGGCAGGUCCAGGAACAGCGCAAGUCUGUCUUCGACCGGCAUGUGGUGCUCAGCUAAAAGCUCUCCCCCUCCUGGACUUUAUCAUACAGGGCGCUGUCACUGUGCCGAGGGCUGGGUCUUCCCCCCUGUUGUCCAGUGCUCACUCCAGCCUGCCCGUACCGGUGCAGUGCCCCUCUUUAAAACAUGCAUUCACCUGUCUCUGUGUUUCUGUGUAGGGUAAACGACUGGUUCAUUGUGAUGUUUGUUCCAAGACAUCCGGUGUGAAAUUCUGCCACUUAGCAUUUAUGCAGUUUGGUUAAAUUUUUACUUAAUGGAGGAGAAAAUAUGCAUGGCAUUAUGUACUCCUAUUAACGGAAAACGUUUACUACUGAUGCAGAUCAGUCCCACCUGAAUACGGAGGUAGAAGUGCCAAUUUACAUGCUGAUAUGAUCCCCUUAUGCAGCUGACUCUGUUUUUUUACAUGAACACGGUUAACAUUUGUUUAAGCUAAAAAACUCUGGACACUGAAAAACUCGCGCUUUACAUUAUCAGUGAGCACUGCGGAUUAUUUCGUUAAAUAAUUAAUGGUCCCCAUCUUCAUACAUAAACCCUUCGCUUACUAAUACGGUAAGCAAGUCAUUCUUGGCUAAGUUCUCGUUUCAGGCAGGUCGUGAUUCCCAUCUUGUCUUCAUUUUUAAAUUGCAGUCUUAGUUUCUUAUGAAUCAUAUAAUUAACAAUAUUAGAAAUGUGAUCUACAUUUUCACCUUUUGUCUAGCUGAAGUGAACUGUGCUCAUACUAAUUAUUAAGGACAGUAUUGCAUCUGCAUUUCUGUUGAAGGAAGACGUCAUUCAGUUCAGAGUUUGUGUUGGAUAAACUUUUGAGAUUUCAUGAUGUGAUGGAAAGAAAUGUUUAUGUUGUAUCGGUGAUACUUUCUAAUUUUCAAUACAGUUCUGUGUAAUUUAUGGA